CCUCCACCGUCACACUGAAUAUGCCGGGACUGCUGCUCGGAGAUGUAUUUCCUGAUUACGAAUUGGAGACCACCAAUGGCCACAUUAAACUGCACACAUUUCUUGGUGAUUCAUGGGGAAUCCUGUUCUCCCACCCCAGAGAUUACACCCCGGUGUGCACCACAGAGCUGGGACGAGCUGCCAAACUGAGCAGUGAGUUCAGUAAACGGAACGUCAAAAUGAUCGCCCUGUCCGUUGACAGCCUGGAGGAUCACCACGGCUGGACCAAGGACAUCCUGGCGUACAACUGUGAAGAGUCUACUUGCUGCUCGCUGCCCUUUCCCAUCAUAGCGGACAGUAAACGGGAGCUGGCAGUGGCCCUCGGCAUGCUGGACCCAGAUGAGAAGGACAAAGAUGGCCUGCCGCUCACUGCCCGUUGUGUGUUUAUCAUCGGCCCUGACAAAAAGCUCAAACUGUCACUCCUCUACCCGGCAACCACCGGACGCAACUUUGAUGAGAUUUUGCGCGUGGUGGACUCACUCCAGUUAACAGCAGGGAGGCAACUGGCCACACCUGCUGACUGGAGGCCCGGAGACUGUGUGAUGGUCCCUCCCAGCAUGUCGGAGGAGGAUGCGGCCUCUUUGUUCCCAGCUGGCGUCUACUCCAAAGACCUGCCCUCUGGCAAGAAGUACCUGCGCUACACACCGCAACAAUAGACACGGGCAGAGAUGGCACUGAUACUUUCUGGUGUUGCAUUCGCAGCUCUCACUCUUGGGCCUUAAAGAUUUACAGUACUGCUAGUUUUCACCCUGCAGGUAAAUAAACUAGUCAGCCGGCAUCUUAGUUAACAACCAAUGUCUUCUGGAUUAUGUCAGACAUUUCUAAUUUAGAGGUUUUACAGCAUCUACAACUCCAAUAAUAGAAGCUUAUUUUUCACAAAAGGGGGUUAUUUUUGGAAAGAGAUGGAAUUGAAUAUUUAAAGAUACAUUAAACAGUUUAUCAUUAAACGUAUGGCAGAGAUGCUUCUAUUUUGAAACAAAUUAAAAUGUGUUGGAUCAUAUAUGUAUUGUUUACCCAUCCACCUAAUGUUCUUUUAACAAUGGAAGAGGAAGUAGUUUAUGCUGUGCUAGUUACACAAAGGGUGACCUAUUAAGAGCAAACAAUGCUUUGCCGUUGGUAUUCAUUUUAUAUGACAAGUGUACUUCAAUAAAGACUGUUUCACAUGUA